CACAUAAGUGCAUUUGAAAAUGGGCCCAUUUCAAAUAUAAGUAAAAAAAAAAACCACGACCAAAUCGUUUGAGAUUAUUACAUAAAAUAUCAGUUCCUGGUUUUUCACAUCAUUUCCCCCCGGCAAAUUGAAAGAGAUAAAAAAUGCAUAUACAUAUAUUUUAAUGGUUUGUGUGGGAUUCCUGAGCCACAUAACUCUGCCGUCAAAUCAGCGGCUCCUGUUGAGCAGAGGAAAAAAAAAAAAAAAAGGUGGCAGCGAGCCAGCAGAGCAGGCACCCCGGCAGCAGCAGCAGCAGUGCCCGCCUGCCUCCGAGCGCAGCCGCGGAGCUCCGAGGAGCGCCGAAAGCUGUCAAAAACGCCUUUCCUCCCCGCGCGGAAGACUGGAUUUUACCCUCAGUCCGGCGGAGAGGAGAAACACAGACAUGUUUUUCAUGCUGGCGCCGACUAAGCUGAAUAUCUGAGCGUUUUUCUACCACUGAGGAGGUGCUGCCUGAUUUCAUAACAAUCAUGUCUGAUAAGAUGUCCAGCUUCUUGCAUAUUGGAGACAUCUGCUCCCUGUAUGCAGAAGGAUCCACCAAUGGCUUCAUCAGCACCUUGGGCCUUGUGGAUGACCGCUGUGUCGUCCAGCCAGAUGCCGGGGAUCUGAACAACCCUCCAAAGAAGUUCAGAGACUGUCUGUUUAAACUGUGCCCCAUGAACCGCUACUCGGCCCAGAAGCAGUUCUGGAAAGCAGCAAAGCCAGGAGGGAACACAGACACAGUGCUGCUAAACAAGCUACAUCAUGCAGCUGACUUGGAGAAGAAACAAAAUGACUCAGAGAACAAAAAACUUCUUGGAAGUGUUAUUCAGUACGGAAACGUGAUUCAGCUGCUUCACUUGAAGAGCAACAAAUACCUGACAGUGAACAAACGCCUGCCAGCGCUGCUGGAGAAGAACGCCAUGCGGGUGAUGCUGGACACGGCCGGAAACGAGGGCUCCUGGUUCUACAUACAGCCCUUCUACAAGCUGCGCUCCAUCGGCGACAGCGUGGUGAUUGGAGACAAAGUUGUCCUCAACCCAGUGAAUGCUGGUCAGCCACUUCAUGCCAGCUCCCACCAGCUUGUGGACAACCCAGGAUGCAAUGAAGUUAACUCUGUGAACUGUAACACGAGCUGGAAGAUCGUCUUGUUCAUGAAGUGGGGUGACAAUCAGGAAGUUGUGCUAAAAGGGGGGGAUGUGGUGCGCUUGUUUCACGCCGAGCAGGAGAAGUUUCUCACAUGUGAUGAUCACAGAAAAAAACAAUAUGUCUUCCUUCGCACUACUGGACGGCAGUCAGCCACUUCUGCAACCAGCAGCAAAGCAUUAUGGGAGGUGGAAGUGGUACAGCAUGACCCGUGCCGAGGGGGGGCAGGUUACUGGAACAGCCUGUUCAGGUUUAAGCACUUGGCCACUGGACACUACUUAGCUGCAGAGGUCAACCCAGAGUAUGAAGAGGAGCGUCCUGAUAACCGCUCUUCACUCGACUCAGAACACGAAGCUCUGCGAGCUCGUCUGAGAUGUGCCCAAGAGAAAGUCAUGUACGCGCUUGUCGCGGUUCCUGAUGGAAACGACAUCUCGUCCAUAUUUGAGCUGGACCCCACCACCUUGAGGGGCGGGGACUCGCUUGUUCCCAGAAACUCGUAUGUGCGCCUCAGACACCUAUGCACCAACACAUGGGUUCACAGCACCAAUCAGCCGAUCGACAAGGAGGAGGAAAAACCUGUCAUGCUGCGGAUUGGAACUUCUCCACACAAAGAGGACAAAGAGGCUUUUGCCAUUGUGCCCGUUUCCCCGGCUGAAGUCAGAGACCUCGACUUUGCAAACGAUGCCAGUAAAGUGCUGGCUUCUAUUGCUGGAAAGCUGGAAAAAGGCACCAUUACACAGAAUGAGAGGAGGGCUGUGACCAAACUUCUGGAGGAUUUGGUGUUCUUUGUGGUGGACAUUCCAAACAACGGACAGGAUGUUCUGGAAAUUAUGGUUAACAAACACAACCGGGAGCGGCAAAAAGUUAUGAGAGAACAGAAUAUUCUCAAACAGAUCUUCAAGCUGCUGCAGGCUCCGUUCACUGACAGCGGGGACGGGCCCAUGCUGCGCCUGGAGGAGCUGGGAGACCAGCGCCACGCCCCCUUCAGACACAUCUGCCGCCUGUGCUACAGGGUCUUACGCCACUCGCAGCAGGAUUACAGGAAGAACCAGGAGUACAUCGCCAAACAGUUUCGCUUCAUGCAGAAACAGAUCGGAUACGACGUACUGGCAGAAGACACAAUCACCGCUCUGCUCCACAAUAACCGCAAACUUCUGGAGAAACACAUAACAGCUGCAGAGAUCGACACAUUUGUCAACCUGGUGCGCAAAAACCGUGAGCCCAGGUUCCUGGACUACUUGUCAGACUUGUGCGUGUCAAUGAACAAGUCUAUCCCUGUGACCCAGGAGCUCAUCUGUAAUGCAGUGUUAGAUCCGGCAAAUGCAGACAUCCUCAUAGAAACCAAGCUGGUUCUUUCAAGGUUUGAGAUUCAGGGAGUUCCACUUGGGGAAAACUCUGUGGAGUCAGAGGAAGAUGAGGAGGAGGUGUGGUUGUUCUGGAAGGAAAACAACAAAAAGGAAAUCCGCAGUAAAAGCAUCAGAGAGCUGGCCCAGGACGCCAAGGAAGGUCAGAAGGAGGACAAAGAAGUGAUCAGCUACUACAGAUAUCAGCUGAACCUAUUUGCCAGAAUGUGUUUGGAUCGCCAGUACCUGGCAAUCAACAAGAUCUCCUGCCAGCUGGAUGUUGACCUGAUUUUGCGCUGUAUGUCAGAUGAAGAUCUCCCCUUUGACCUCCGUGCAUCUUUCUGUCGAAUGAUGUUGCACAUGCACGUGGACCGCGACCCCCAAGAGCAGGUCACACCUGUCAAAUAUGCACGGCUAUGGUCGGAAAUCCCCUUGAAGAUCUCCAUUGAAGACUAUGACAACGAUGGGACGUCCAAGGAUGAAAUUAAAGAGCGAUUCUCACAGACUAUGGAGUUUGUUGAAACCUACUUGAGAAAUGUUGUUAGUCCAAACUUAUCGUUUGGAAACAAAGAGAAGAACAAGCUCACGUUUGAGGUGGUGAAUUUGGCCAGGAACCUGAUUUAUUUUGGUUUCUACAACUUCAGUGAUCUGUUGAGACUGACCAAGAUCCUGCUGGGAAUUCUGGAUUGUGUCCAUGUGGGUGCAAUCUACUCUUUCAACAAGCAGGAAAAAGAAGACAGCAAAGGUAGUAAUGUGAUGAGGUCUAUUCACGGUGUGGGAGAGCUCAUGUCCCAAGUUGUCCUGAGAGGAGGCGGUUUCCUCCCCACGACUACAGUCAACACCUCUAAUGGAGAAGCAGUGAAAACGCAGAUUGAACCCGAGAAACAGGACAUACUUGUCAUGGACACAAAGCUAAAGAUCAUUGAAAUCCUACAGUUCAUCCUCAAUGUCCGUCUGGACUACAGGAUCUCCUGUCUGCUGUCGAUCUUUAAAACAGAGUUUGAUGAGAGAAACUCCCAGAGUGACUUAUCCAUAAAUGGAGUGAUAGAGAGCCAAAACAACAUGCAAGGUGCUUUGGAUUUUGAGCACAUGGAGGAGCAGGCAGAGGGGAUCUUUGGUGGCAGUGAGCAAAACAACCCAUUAGACCUGGAUGAUCAUGGUGGUCGGACCUUCUUACGGGUCCUGCUGCACCUAACCAUGCAUGAUUAUCCUCCACUGGUGUCCAGAGCUUUGCAUCUACUCUUCAGACACUUCAGUCAGAGGCAGGAAGUUCUGCAGGCUUUCAAGCAGGUCCAGUUGUUGGUCACAAGCCAAGAUGUGGAAAACUACAAACAAAUAAAGUCUGAUCUGGACCAACUGCGUUCCAUCGUAGAGAAGUCUGAGCUGUGGGUGUACAAGAGGUUGGGACCAGACGAGGGCAUGGAUGGUGGGGAUGCCCUCGCCUCUGAGCACAAGAAGGGAGACUCGGGAUCCACAGAGAAGGGAAAGAAAACAGAAAGCACCAGCAGUUACAACUACAGAGUGGUCAAAGAGAUCUUGUUGCGUCUCAGCAAGCUAUGUGUCCAAGAAGGUCCGACAGGUCGGAAGAACAGGAAGCAGCAGCAGAGACUGCUCAGGAACAUGGGAGCUCAUGCUGUGGUUCUUGAGUUGUUACAGAUCCCUUACGAAAAGGGAGAAGACUUGCGCAUGCAGGAUAUCAUGAAGCUGGCGCAUCAGUUUCUGCAGAACUUCUGCGCAGGAAACCAGCAGAACCAAGCGCUGCUCCACAAACACAUCAAUCUUUUCCUCAAUCCAGGGAUCUUGGAAGCGGUCACAAUGCAGCACAUCUUCAUGAACAACUUCCAGCUGUGCAGCGAGAUCAAUGACCGGGUGGUUCAGCAUUUUGUCCACUGCAUUGAAACCCAUGGCCGUAACGUGCAGUACCUCAAGUUCUUGCAGACCAUCGUCAAAGCAGAAAACAAGUUCAUCAAGAAAUGUCAAGACAUUGUCAUGGCAGAGCUGGUGAAUGCUGGAGAAGAUGUUCUUGUCUUCUACAACGAUCGCGCUUCCUUCCAGACUCUGGUCCACAUGAUGCAGUCAGAGCGGGAUCGAAUGGACGAGAACAGCCCACUGAUGUACCACAUACACCUGGUGGAGCUUUUGGCCGUUUGCACUGAAGGCAAGAACGUCUACACAGAGAUAAAAUGCAACUCGCUGCUACCACUGGAUGAUAUAGUGCGGAUUGUUACCAAUGAAGACUGCAUCCCCGAGGUGAAGAUUGCCUACAUCAACUUUCUAAACCACUGCUAUGUAGACACUGAGGUGGAGAUGAAGGAGAUUUACACCUCCAACCACAUGUGGAAACUCUUUGAUAACUUCCUGGUUGACAUCUGCAGAGUGUGCAAUAAUACCAGCGACCGUAAGCAUUCAGACGUCAUUCUGGAGCAGUACGUGACCGAGACAGUCAUGAGCAUCGUGACCACCUUCUUCAGCUCCCCUUUCUCCGACCAGAGCACCAGCCUGCAGACCAGGCAGCCGGUCUUUGUGCAGCUGUUACAAGGGGUUUACAGAGUCUAUCACUGCCAGUGGUUGAUCCCGACUCAGAAGGGCUUUGUUGAGAGUUGCAUUAAGGUGCUGUCUGAUGUCGCCAAAAGCAGAACCAUAGCCAUCCCUGUCGACUUGGACAACCAGGUCAACAAUCUGUUUGUAAAAUCGAACAGCCUUGUGCAGAAGACUGCAAUGAGCUGGAGGCUGUCUGUUCGCAAUGCCGCCCGCAGAGACUCUGUAGUGACUUCUUCACCCAACUACAGGAACAUCAUCGAGAGGCUGCAGGACAUUGUGUCAGCACUGGAAGACAGGUUGCAUCCCCUGGUCCAAGCCGAGUUGUCUGUUCUGGUGGAUGUGUUGCAUCGGCCCGAGCUGCUUUUCCCUGAAAACACUGAACCGCGCAAGAAGUGUGAGAGCGGAGGCUUCAUAUGCAAGCUGAUCAAACACACCAAGCAGCUGCUGGAAGAAAAUGAGGAAAAGUUGUGCAUUAAAGUUCUGCAAACUCUUCGAGAGAUGAUGACCAAAGACAGAGGUUACGGCGAUAAGCACAGGGCCUUUGAUGAUGAGAUGGAUAUUCCUAAGAAGCUGUAUCAGAACCACCCUGAGAAACUUUUGGCUGACCAGAAGAGGGGUGAGGCACUGAGGCAGAUUCUGGUGAGUCGUUACUAUGGUAACUUCCACCAGAGUAGUGGGCGGAGGGACAGUCUGACGUCAUUUGGCAACAGCCACCUCAGUCCGGUAGGACCGGGCAAAGCUCAGUCGGUUUUGGGGGGUCAUGGUGGUCUGAGUCGCGGCGAAAUGAGCCUAACCGAAGUCCAGUGUCAUCUGGACAGAGAAGGAGCUUCGGACCUUGUUAUUGACCUCAUCAUGAACGCCACAAGUGACCGCGUUUUCCAAGAAAGCAUCCUCCUGGCCAUUGCUCUGCUAGAAGGUGGAAACACCACCAUCCAGCAUUCCUUUUUUUGCCGCCUUACGGAUGACAAGAAGUCCGAGAAGUUCUUCCGGGUUUUUUAUGACCGCAUGAAGUCGGCUCAGAUGGAGAUCAAAGCCACUGUGACAGUAAACACUAGCGACCUGGGAAACAAGAAACCGGACGAGGACGACCAGGAAAAGGAAGUUACCGUUGGAAAAAAAGUGACAGAGUCAGGUGUUGCCAUGACAGAGAAUGCCAAAGAGCAACUGUUGGAGGCGUCAUCUGCCACCAAAAAGGCCUUCAGCUCAUAUCGGCGUCACACUGACCCAGACGAGCACUUUCCCGCAACAGAUGGCCAGCCCAGCUCUGGGGACAAGAACCAGGAUGAGGGAGAGAUGAGUUUUGUGAUUGUUAUCAUGCAGCCUAUUCUUCGCUUCCUCCAGCUACUCUGUGAGAAUCACAAUCGUGACCUGCAGAAUUUUCUACGUUGUCAAAAUAAAAAGAACAACUACAACCUUGUGUGUGAGACCCUUCAGUUCCUUGACUGUAUCUGUGGCAGCACCACCGGCGGCCUCGGUCUGCUGGGGCUCUACAUCAACGAGAAGAAUGUUGCUCUCAUUAAUCAAACUCUGGAGAGCCUGACCGAGUACUGCCAAGGCCCCUGCCACGAAAACCAGAACUGCAUUGCAACUCACGAGUCCAAUGGUAUCGAUAUCAUCAUAGCACUGAUUCUAAAUGACAUAAACCCGCUGGGGAAGAAACGGAUGGAUUUAGUUUUAGAGCUGAAGAACAACGCAUCCAAGCUGCUCCUCGCCAUUAUGGAGAGCCGACACGACAGCGAGAAUGCGGAAAGAAUCCUCUACAACAUGAAGCCCAAAGAGCUGGUGGAGGUGAUAAAGAAGGCUUACCUUCAAGGGGAGAUUGAGUUUGAAGACGCCAAGGAGGAGGAUGAUGACAUAGAUGAAGAGGAGCAUGAUGCUGCUUCUCCCCGAAAUGUUGGACACAACAUCUAUAUUUUAGCUCACCAGCUGGCGCGUCACAAUAAAGAGCUGUCCAUGAUGUUAAAGCCAGGAGGAGCCGGCGGAGAAGGAGAUGAGGCCUUGGAGUUUUAUGCCAAGCACACCGCUCAGAUAGAGAUUGUGCGUCAAGAUCGCACCAUGGAGGAGAUCGUUUUCCCGGUGCCCAACAUCUGCGAGUUCCUGACCUCGGAGUCAAAGCUGCGGGUGUACUACACCACCGAGAGGGACGAGCAGGGCAGCAAAAUCAAUGACUUCUUCUUGCGAGCAGAGGACCUCUUUAAUGAAAUGAAUUGGCAGAAGAAGCUUAGAGCCCAGCCGGUGCUUUACUGGUGCUCCAGGAACAUGUCUGUGUGGAGCAACAUCUCCUUCAACCUGGCUGUGCUCAUGAAUCUGCUGGUCUGCUUCUUCUACCCCCUGGAGGGGGUGCAUGGAGGAAUGCUGGAUCCCCAUCUGUCUGCAUUGCUGUGGAUAGGAGUCUUUGCAACGCUGGCCAUCGUAAUCCUCAUGCCCCAACCGCUCGGCAUCCGCGCCCUGGUGUUUGUCACAAUUCUACGCCUUAUCUUCUCUGUGGGCCUGGAGCCCACGCUCUUCCUUCUAGGUGCCUUCAAUGUUUGUAAUAAAAUAAUCUUCAUGAUAAGUUUUGUUGGAAACCGAGGAACCUUCACACGAGGUUAUAAAGCCAUGGUGAUGGACUUUGAGUUCCUUUAUCACCUCCUCUACCUCAUCAUCUGCUGUCUGGGGGUGUUUGGUCACGUCUUUUUCUACAGUCUUUUGCUUUUCGACUUGGUGUACAGAGAGGAGACCUUGUUGAAUGUAAUCAAGAGCGUGACUCGCAACGGACGCUCCAUCGUGUUGACGGCCGUGCUUGCUCUCAUCUUGGUCUACCUGUUCUCCAUUGUUGGCUACAUCUUCUUCAAAGAUGACUUCAUCCUGGAGGUGGACCGAAUCCCCAACAUAACCCUGAAAGGUGCAGACGAUGCAGAUGGGGAGCUUUUGUCAGCAGUGUGUCAUAACGGCGCUGGUGAGAACUGCAGCACCGCCGUUCAGCGGGAAGAUUCAGGAAAUAAUAGUGAGGAGGACAGCAACAUGGAGCGGACGUGUGACUCUUUGCUCAUGUGCAUCGUAACUGUGCUGAGUCACGGCCUGAGGAGUGGGGGUGGUGUGGGGGACGUUCUCCGUAAGCCGUCUAAAGAGGAGCCACUGUUUGCUGCCAGAGUGAUUUACGACCUGCUGUUCUUCUUCAUGGUCAUCAUCAUUGUUCUCAACCUUAUCUUUGGUGUCAUCAUCGACACUUUUGCCGACCUGAGGAGCGAGAAGCAAAAGAAGGAGGAAGUUCUGAAAACGACCUGCUUCAUCUGUGGUCUGGAGCGGGACAAGUUUGACAACAAAACCGUGACUUUUGAGGAGCACAUCAUGGAGGAGCACAGCAUGUGGCACUACCUGUAUUUCAUUGUGCUGGUGAAGGUUAAAGAUUCAACAGAAUAUACGGGUCCUGAGAGCUACGUGGCCCAGAUGAUCAAGGAACACAACCUGGACUGGUUCCCCCGCAUGCGGGCCAUGUCACUGGUGAGCAGUGACGGAGAGGGGGAGCAGAAUGAGAUCAGGAGUCUGCAGGACAAGCUGGACUCAACUAUGAAACUGGUGGCUAACCUGUCAGGACAGCUGACAGAGCUCAAAGAGCAGAUGACGGAACAGAGAAAGCAGAAACAACGAAUUGGACUUCUGGGUCAUCCCCCACUUAUGAACAUUAAUCCCCAGCAGCCAGCCUGAGGGCCACAGUGGGCCACGGUGGGCCAUGGUGGGCCAUGGAGGGCCAUGCACGGCCACUGAAGCCACCUCCUCUAUGCUGUGCACCUCAUUCACUGGGAAAUACCAAACAAAAGCAUCUAUCUCUAGUAUGAAUUGGGUCAACUUUUGACUCUUCUCUGUACCGCACCAUUCAGAAAAUAUUAUCCUGAUAAGCAUGUUUGUGCGUGAACGAGAUAAGGUUUCAUUUUGUUGAUGUGUGGGUGGAGUGUCUACUGAGUGCAUCUACACCUGAGGAGCCAGUAUCUGGAUUGCCCUAAAAAGAUGACAAAAUGUGACGAUUUCAACUUUGACACCCAGACUGCCUUCUACAUUCGCCGCCUCAGACAGCAUGCCAAAGUUCAGCCACGGUUUCUGUGGGAGUUUCCCAGUGAAGUGACCUUGUUUGGAGGCUAAGAUCCUCCGUUUUGCACCAGUAAACCCAAGCCGCAUGCUAACUUAAACUUUUAACUUAACCGUACGUUAUUUAAUGUUUUAUUUUCAUCUGACAGCAAUAGGAGAGCUUUAUAAUAUGCAAUUGCUGAAUAUAAACAAUUUUAUAUUUUAAUUUAAGAUUGUUUCUAUUUAAAAUGCAAAGACAAACAUCUGAGCACAUUUGUGGUGAGUUUUUUUCUCCAAAGGAUCUAAUGUUGAAAACCAUUUUGAGGGUGUGUGUGUGUGUGUUUUUUUUAUGUGGAAGACAAGCAUUUAUCACUUUCAGAACUCUAAUCUCAAACAGAGGUCCAAACUGUUCUAGGGCACUUUAGAUAAAACCAAAUGAAGAAAAGAGAUGGGUUUGAGGCUACAGGGAAGCCCUUGAAAAGAUAUUAACUGACCUCUUUAAACACUUUCCUCUGCUUUUAUUCUACAUUUUUUACGAGUUUAAACUUACUGGGGGGUUAAAUCAAAUCAUUUAAGUGCCUCACAAUGUAAGGGGGUCAAGGACGUACUCAAUGAUAGAGUCCUGUUACACACUUGUGAAUUCUGAGGGGUUUGGGAGCGUUGCUAUGGUGACUAUGAUUCCACUUCAGUAUGUCUUCGCUGAAAUUAUGUAAUCGUUUAUUAUCAGAGUCCUGAGCACUGAUCGUUUUUAUUGCACAUAACAUCUUUUUUUGGUUUUUCCACAUUUAAAAACAAAUGACUGUGUGGUUGUUUGAGUGUAAAGGAUGACAAAAGAAGAAUAAAUGAAUUAAAAAAAUGUCUUGCUGCUUGACCAAAAGGCAACAUUUCUAAUAAUUGAUGUCUUGUUUGAACUGUACAUUCUAUUCUUGGUGUCUAUUUAAAUAAACAAGCGUGUAAAAUAAA